AUGCAUAUUUGGGCUGGCUCGGGCUCGGCCAGUGGGAAGGAGACUGUUAGACGAAAAGAGAGAACACCUAUUAAGACUGGCACAGUUCUCAGGAAGAGAAAGAGUAGUGCUAAACUUGGAUUGGGCAUGGAUGGUUUGGCUUCCACUGAAGAUAUUGGGAAAUCGAGUCCAGGUCCAAGUCCUAGAAGAGACUCGGGGAUAGACUCUGUUAUGGCAUCUGAAGCCGAUUCCGAUGAGUCGAUUAUUACGGUUAUUAGUGUUCUAACUUAUGAUGUUGAGGAAGAUAUGGUUAGGCCUUUGAAUGUUGGGUCGCUGGAUGGUGAGGGAAAUCCCAUUGCGAUUGGGAAGAUGGAAAGGGGUGCAAAGAUGGUGCGGGGAGAGGAGAUGGAUAGGAAUCUUCAUGAUGAGUUGGGACAUGCAUCGACUCUUAGUAAGUUAAAGGGGAAAGACAUUGCGUCGAUGAAUAUGGAAUGUUCAAACGGAGAAGAUACAGAUGCCUUUUCUUCGUCAUUGAAAGGUCUCAGUCGUAUCAUGGCGAGUAAUGAUAGGAUGUUUCGAGCAAGUAGGGAGGAGGAAGAUCGAAUCAAAGAUUCGGAUAAUAAUAUUUUCGCGAAGAACAAAUCAGUGGGUACUAAACAUAGUAUUCCAGUGGGUUUACCACUACCAUCAGACAUCCUCGGCACACCUGCUGAAGAUACACAAGCUGUUUGGCAUGAAUACGCGUUUUCUGGAAGCAAAAAUGAGUCAGAUUCUCAUAUCACAUCAAUUGCUAGCUGCACCAAUAAGAAUAGCUCUGAGAGUGAAAAUGAGCUGGAAAGACUUUUCAGGACGGACUCGGUGCAUACUUCAGAACCUGAGGUUUCAGAUGGAUAUCUAUCUCCCGAAACUUCCACUCCUAUCAAAGUUAAAGAAUUUGUUUUCGAUUCCGAAAAUGAAAAUGAUCCGGCAUGUUACUCUAAUGUGGAAUGCGUAUCAGAUUCUGAAACCGAGCAAAAGGAUAAAUAUCCUGAUAUAAAGUUUACUCAUGAAAUCGAUAUUGAUUUGAAUCUCGAAGAAGAAGAGGAAGAAAAAGAGCCGGAAAAAAUCGUCAAAAAUCUACAUGAACAACUCUGGGAUGAGAUAUCGAAAUCUGUAGAUAAAGCACUCGAUGCAUCGCAAGAAAAUAGACGCAAAGAGAGUAUCCGGGGAUUUUCUCUCAAAGUACCUCGUUUGGUUCAUGAGGCUAAGCAGGGUCUUUAUCGCUCGCCUUCUCCUGCUCGUUCUAGCAAGAGUAAUGAGAUGGUGGGGGAGGUGAGUUCGCUGAGAGAGACGGAGUUUUGUGCGAGUGGACUUAAAGAUUGUGGUGUGGGGGAUGGUGAUUUGGUAACAACUUGUAUUGAGGGAUUUGAUGGGGAUUACUCGGCUCAAAUGCGAAGAAAAGGUGAUCAUGCGACUACGAGUCUAGAGGGGAUUUCGAGUAACAUUGGAAGUCCGAUCUCGUUGUCUGUUAUGGGGAGGGGAGGGAGAGAUUCUCCUGAGACUGGGUUGACGAAAGAUAAGGGUGGUUCGUUUGAGAAUAUUGGUUUGGAUGAUGAAACCUGCACAUUGUCGGAUUCUCCAUGUCGACAAGUUAAGAUACGUGUUCCUGGGGAUGAGAAUGAUGGGCACUUGUCAGAUUCUAAAGAAAUUCGUGGAGACUCUGUUGAACGCGAGAAUGAACGCGAGAUUGAGGAUUCAGAGCGCUUUUCGCCUGUGCAUCAGAGGGUGAUACAAUUGAUGACGCCUAAGCAUGGUCGGUAUCACACGGUGAGGGAGAAAGGUGGGAAAAACCUAGCGAGCUAUCGGAUGUUUGGUUCGCGGGUAAAGGGGAAGAAUGCGUCGGAACUGGGGAGUGUUGCGAUGGAGAGACAGGCUUCGCGAUAUCCGGCGAAAGAGAGAGCUUUCUCGCAGCCUGGUUUAUUGAGAGCUGAUCAGUCGAAGGAUUCGAGUGGAGGUGGAGAGGAGGAAUGGUUGUUGGGAAAGGAAGGAUGUAGUGGGAUUGAAGAGGAGAUGGCAAAAUUCUGGAAGGUGAAUUCGGAGGGAGCGAUGGCUCGAUUUAGGGAGGUGAUGGAGGGGAUGGAUAAGGAGAGUGAGAUUGAGAUUGAGAGGGAAGAGAGAAAGACAUUCCCGGUGAUGGAUCGAAAGAUGAAGAGGAAGAUGGGGGAUUUGGGAUCGUGGGACUUCACGGCGGAUGAGAAUGGAAGGGUUUCGAUGGGUAGUUCACAGGUUAAGUUUAGUGAUGCUCCUACGAUUAUACGUCGUUCGAUGCCUCAAUUAGAUGGUCCUAAUUCGCCACCAUUACUAGCGGUGGAGUCUCCGGUUGGAAGUUCUCGCUCUCCAUCUCCUCGUAAGAGACUGCAGAAAGUCAAUCGGUCGAAAUCGCCUAGUUUAAUGAAGUCGUCCAGUUCUUCGCUGGGGAAGAUUUUCCAGAAUUCGAGGGUAGAGGGGAUGGAAGGGGAUAUAAGGGAUUUGAGGAGGGAAGUUGAGGAGUUGAAAAAUAUAAUUGGGAGGUUGGAGAGGGAAUUUGAAGGGGAUGUUGAUUUUGGGGGUAAGAUGGGGGGGCGGUUAGGAGAUAAAUUGAAGGAUGUUUGGAGUGUGGUUUAUGGGAAAGAUUGGGAGAGAGAGAGGAUUGGCGAGGAAGGAGGGAAUUGGAUCAAUUUGGAGGAGGUAGAGUGGAUGAGAGAGGUUAGGGAUAUGGGAUUAUUGAAGAUCGUGGGAAGGAUGAAGAAGGAGAAAGAUGUGGAGGGGAUUAUGCGUGCGGUGGAUGAGAUCUUGAAGAAAAAGCAAAGCAAAUCGUUUGAGAAAGAUCUGAUGGUACCGAGUUCGAUAAAUCCUGAGCUUGGGGAUGAGGAUAUUUCUAUUUCGAAAAUUUCGAUGGAAAAUCUCGGGAGUGGGGGGUUGGGAAUAGAUGAGUCUUGUACUACGAUACCGCAGCGAAAUAUGGGAGACUUUUCCGCGAAUGAGGUGGGGCGGGAGGGGGAGAUUGCGGGGAUGAAGGGAGAAAGAUGGGAUUUGAAGGAUGAGAAGAGUGAGGAGUGCGAUAGGGGGAUGCUUGGUGAUAUUGGAACGCAAGGUUGGAUGAUUGGGAGGGGCUCGAAGGUAUUGGUUUUAGAAGUGAGGGAUUGUGAGUUGGUAUCUGAGGUACCUUUGUGUGCGGGUUGGAUUGGGGGUCAAUCUGAAAGUAGGACUCAGUGUCCUUUAAAUAUACAAAAGUUUUCAGACCUGCCAAGUCUUGAAAGUAGUGAAGACAUUGAGAGAGAGAGGAUGAAGAAAGUGGAGGAGAGCAGAAAAAACGAGACGGUUUGUGGAAGAGUGACUCGGAAUGAAAAGUGCGGAAAAAGGGGUGGUGAUAAUGAAAUGGGAUUGAGAGCACCUGAUGAGGGCUUUAAUAAGGAGUAUAAAGCAAAUCGGAAGGUGGAGGUGAGGUAUGUUGAUAGCGAGGGGAAUUUUAUGGAUCAACGAGACGCUUUUCGACUUUUAUCGAGUCAGUUUAAGAGCAAGGGAGGUGGUAAAAGAAGUGAGAAAGGAAAGGGGAAGGAGGGUGAGAAAUUGACUGGAAUUGUGGGAGAGGGAGUUGGUGUGAUGGGAUGUGAACACGGGUGUAAGAUUAUUGGGGGACGGAGAUUGGAUGAUAUGGAAAUGGAGGGGUUGCUUGAUGCUGAAAUUCUUGGGGGAAAGGAUACAGGAAUGGAGAAGAGUGAUUUCGAUGUAUCGGCGAAAGGAAAUGGCAAGGGGGUAGGAGUAGAAAGAGGGGUAGAGGCGGAAGAAAAGAGAGUGGAAUAUUUGGUUAAAGAUCUAUUGACGAAACAGGAAGGAGAAAGACUAAAGAGGGAGGAAUGGUGGGAGAGGGAACGGGAGGGGGAUAAGAAGGAGAUUCGGAGACUUGGGGGUGUUGUGGACGAAUUGAGGCAGUUGGUUUUGAGUGGGAUGGAGAAGGGGAAGGAGAAGGAGGGGGGAGGAGUUUAUGGUGGUGAGAGGAAGAUGCUGGAUGAGGAUGAGGAUGAAUGUGAGGAUGAGGAUGAAGAUGAAAUGCACGAUUGUGAUAAACCGGGUUGUUGGUGUCAACCGAGCGGAAGUGGAAGUGGAAGCGGAAGGAAAGGUGGAAAGAAACAUGAAUGUGGGGCGAGUAAUGUGGCGAAUAUGAGGGCGAGGGAUGUUUAUGGGGAUGGGGAUGAAGAUGAAGAUGGAGAUGGAGAGUGGAAUUCUGAAGAAAGGGGAGUGGGAAAUGGAAAUGGAAAUGGGAAGGGCUUUUGGGAUUGGGUUGGUGGAGGGAUUUUGUGGAGACAGGAUUGA